GGAUCGCUCUGUGGCUGAAAGGCCAGUGGUGUGAUGGUUUAGCUCUCACUGGAUUCGCUUAUCUCGUAAUCUUUGAUGCGAUGGGAGUAUUCGCAACAUUUAUUUCAUCCGCACUGACAACAUAUGGGUCACUAAGACUUUCUUCGAUACGGAACCCAUUCGGUAUUCAGCGAUUUGAAAUAUUAUUUGGUUUUGCGAGUGCACUAUAUCUUUUAUUCGUUGCUUUAUAUAUGCUAAAGGAAGGAUUAGAGCAUUUCAUAUUAGAAUCAAAUCAUGAACAUUCUAAUGUUCAUAG